UUUGACUCUCAUUUUGUCUCUUUUCUCACUCUUGCUGUAAUGGAGUUGUUCAUCUUCAUUGCUUUUCAGCUUUUCAUGGAGGUUCAGUCUUUCAAAUCUCCUACUUUAAAUGUAUCUCCUAAAUUUGUCCUAAGAGAGUCCAGCUCAGUGAAGAUGAUCUGUGAGACUCCAGCAGGUGUUGCAGUGAAACAGUGUUUUUUCUACAUAAACAGUGAAGAGAAUAAAAAAGUCAGUCGGUCAUGUGAGCUCGAUCUCACUGGUGCUGAAGUGCUCAGAUGGGCAGCUGUUAAAUCACCCGCAUCAGUCAACAUUAACUGCUUUUAUGAGAGGAGCGAUAAUAAAACAUCAUCUCAUUCUCCUGCUGUCACAUUGACGAUUCAUGCAUUAACUGUAAGGGCCACUUCUCAAACCACAACAUACAGUAAAACUGCGGUUUCUAGUGUUCACACUUCAGCAGCUGAUCAUAAAGAUCAUCCACUACACAGAGAAACAUGGUUUAUAGUUCUGGUUUCCACUGGUGUUGGUGUCAUUCUGACUGGAUUCAUCUGUCUGUGUCGGUUUGCAAGUAAAAAAAGAAGAAAACACAAUAAAAUGAGAUCAAUAUCAUCAGAUAUUCCCAGUCAAGGAAUUGGUAUGAGUUCUGGACCUGCAGAGACAUAUUCUCUGAUCACUUCUGUACCAGCCCCAUCUCAGCCCAUAUCUGAGGGCCUCGAACACCCAAAUUCCCAUCAGGACAACACACCAGAUCCCACAGCGACUUCCUCUUUCAUUAUGGCUGAAAAUUCAAUUUACCAGCCCUCAGAAGUCUUGGUCAAUGCUCAACAGAAAGAGGGAAAUACAGUGGAAAAUGAGAAUGUUUACCCCCUGUACUGCACGAUCCCUGACAGACCAGUUCAGUCAAACGCAGCAGAUCAAGUCUACAGUUUGGUGAAGAUGCAAUGAUGAGCCUCAAGUCUUGUUUCUUUAUGUACAUUCAUUAUAAAUAAAAUAUCUUUACUUUCUUAAAAA